AUGUCGAACAUGUCAAACUAUCAAUAUUCUGACAGCAAGUUUGAUGCUGAUGAAUCUAACAACUUUUUGGUUUCAUUCGAAGUUUUUGUCGGUAAAUUAGAACAGUAUAUCGAUCUAGCGAGUGUUGUGAUUUCCGUCGUUGGAUUUUUCACUAAUAUAUUCCAUUUAGCAGUUCUGACGAGAAAAUCGAUAAGAAACUCUUCAGUUUUCAUAUUUUUAAUUGGAAUCGCAAUUUGUGAUCUUGUUAGGAUGAUCUCCAUUAUAGUUUCGAAAUCACCAAUAUUCUAUCGAGUGUUAUUAUCAUUGUUUAUUGAUUCUACUUGCUUUACCCCAAGGUCGUACCUGGCCAUGAUUUUCGAUCUAAUUUCUAAUAUUUUGGAAAUCAUUUCUCUGGAUUUAUCAGUUUGGCUGGCUGUUUUUAUGACUAUUUUCCGAGUUCUUGUGAUCCGAUAUCCUUUCAAUAAACGAAUCAGCUCACUCGUCACUUCAAAAUCCGGUCUGUGCACAGUUAUCCCAUUAUCCAUAAUUAUUUUUCCAUUUGGAUUGCUAUACUAUUUCCAAGUUACUAUUCGCCCAGUUUCUAUUUGGAAACCUUCUUCAGAUUGUCUAGGAUUCCAGUCAAACUUCUUUCAAAUUAAUUAUAAAUUCUCGGCAACUGAGUUAUCUGGUGUUUUGGGAACUGAUACAAUUGAAACUAUGAUACACGUCGAUGGAGUAUUAUUUAAAUUAAUUCCAUCUAUAGUUCUUUUGGUUGCCACUUCAGUUUUGGUUUUUGAAAUUCGAAAACACAAGAAAACAAUAUGGGCACAACGAAACAAGAGUAACAAGGAUUGGACUACAAAAUUAGUUUUCUUUGUCACUUUCACAUUUCUCAUUGCAAUUGUUCCACAAGGAAUUGCGUAUAUUAUCAUGUUCAAAAUGGCCGAAAUUCCUAUUCUAAGAAUUAUAGCUAUGAGUUUGCCAUCUGUAUUUUCAUUUCUAUCAGUUGUCAAUGGAACGAUUCACUUUUUAAUAUUCUAUUUUAUGUCGUCCGAGUAUCGGAUGACUGCAAAACAUAUGUGCUUAUUUUGGAAGCCAGAAAAUUCAGUUUCGGUGAUUAAUAUUUCGAUUUCGGGAAAUAAAAAUCCGAACAAGACUUUGAAAAAAUAA